AUGCGUGCAGCAGUGUAUGCUUUACAAGGCUUCCUGGCAGCUACCACGACGAUGGCGACAUCGUAUAACCCGCAGUAUAUUGUUCUUGGCACGGACGGCACGGUAGUCGAGGCCGACCCUAGAGUGUAUGGCUCCGUCGUAUUCGCCGAGCUGAGUUGCUGCUUUGUGGCAUUCAUUGGGUAUUUGGUGCGCUCCAUUCCUUUGUGGGUCAGUUUUUCGAGGGGUCAGAAAUGCUGCCUCGUCGUGGCGUUCAGCGUAGCACUUCUCUAUCAGUUUGCAGCCGUAGGCUGGUUCCUCGGAGCUGUGACGCCCGAGCUCAUGUUAGGACUUUCAAGCCUCAUCACGAGAACCAUCUCUCUGGGAAUGGUGCCAAUCACCACGACAUCAUUUAUGGGUCGCGCAAGGAUCUGCCAAGACCACUCCACUACGACUCCAGCACGGUCAAGAAAAUCUUCACACUCGCGGAACUCACACCGCCACCACACACGCGCCAGAUCCAGUUAA